AACACAUGGAAAUAGAAACGCAAUUUUUUCUGUUAAAUAAUAAGCUAUAUGCAUCAUUCUGCAAAGUUAUCAGUUUAUAUGAAACUACUCGAAAACACCAGGUUCAAUUGUACGAAUCGUGAUUUUUUUUCAUAACCUAAAAUGUCGGAAACCUCACAUCCAUCUCGCGAUCCAAAAAAUCUCAGCGAACCAUUCGCAGUCAUCGAAUUUCUCGAGAAAAACGAAAAAGGGCUACCAUGCAUUGAUUUGGUGCCGAAAAAAUGGUUUAAUAGUGCAGAAGAAGACACCUGUAAAUUCCCACCGACAACUGAAUAUCAUCUACUUGACGACUACUUGGAAAAAUUGCACUCGCCCAAGGACUCUUGGCAAAGUUAUCCAUUUUGCUUCAUCACCGGAGCAGCUGAUUUGGAUCAGGGUCGCAGAAGAUUAAAAAAGGCCCAAGUAACUCUCAACUGUGAGACAACCGAUGGUGAAAAUGAUCGAAAGGGGGGGAGGUCCGAAACUUCCUCGAAAGCAAAAAUUUCAGCAAAACCCUUAACUGCAUCAAAGUCUCAACUAAACAACAUCUUUAGUACUAAAAUCCCGAUUCCACCUAGAAAUCAAACUCCAAAGUCUGGUAUACAAGCAAAACCAAAGACAAGAUUUCAAAGCAUUUACCAGAGUGGAUCUGACUCUGAAGACGAAAAUCAUGAUUGUCUUAUAGCUAAUCCUGAGGAGAUUCGAGCCUCAAAGGCUCAAAAUAAUUCUGGCUUUUUGCAAAUGUCGAGUAAAUCGCGAUCUGUACCAACAGGUGCAUGUUUAUCAUUUAAACAGCGGUCAAGGAAGAAUAUUACUUUGCUUAAAGACGUCGAAACUGAUGAAUCUGAGAGCAAUGAUUCCUCCGAUGGAAUUCUGCAGUCACCUACAAAAUCGAUGGACUCAGCGAGAAAUACAAGAAAAGAACUUCAUUUGACACCUCCUUCACCACUAGUCCAUAACGCUUCAGGUAACCGAAAAAGGCGUGCAUCGUCUACUACACGCGCUGAAGACGGAUUGAAUUCGAUUGUGAGCCCAGGAACUCCAAAAACUUCACGAUCAAUGAUGGUACCCCCUGCUAAGAUGCCAAAAAUGCUGGGACCACAAAACCAGUUGUCAUCUAGUCAUUAUGCUGAUAAUGAACGUCGAAUCCUGAACUCCCUUCGAGAUUACUUUGAUCAGCAAUUAGAUGAAAAGCUCGAAAAUUUAAGACGCAGGAUGGCUUACGAUUUAAAGCAGUCUAUGAAUGAGCUCAAGACCACAAUCAUUGGCACUAAUCUAGCCCCAGCUUCUGGUCCUAGCUUGCUUGAAAUACAGAAGCAGAUGUCUACGCCACUACUAUUUGAAAUGGAUGAUAAGUUCCAGGAAUACGAAGCGAUAUUGACAACGGACCCAAAUCUCGUAGAAACACUGCGAUUAUUCAUGAGAGUUUUGAUAAGCAAUAAAAAAGAGAUGAAAAUAUGUGUUUCCACUAUCCUAUCUGCGGUUCUGAGGAAGACAGUGUCACUGCACUAUUCUGGUUACGGAAAGGAAGCUGGCGGAAAGAAAAAGAAAAAUUUUUAUAACACUACAGUAUGCAAAGUACUGAUUGAUGUGAUAAUUGAGGUAAUAGGAUCCAGCACUGAUGAGAAGAAGAUAAUGUCAGAAGUAAGUACUUGGUUGUCACGUUCUGGCGAUCGAGAGGGUGGGCGUAAGGAACGACAACGCGGGUCAAGUCAUCAUAACGAGAAUAAUUCAGUUUGUUCCUUUGAUACCAAUCGAUAAUACUUCAUUUUUCCGGGAUAAAUGGAAUUGUAAAAUCACUGUGUUAAUAUGACUCCAUUAGUUCAUUUUCGUAAUUGUAUUAGUUGUGAUAUUCUUGAUAAAAGGUACGAUUAAUAGGAAAAGUUUAUAUUAUCAAUAUAUUUUUAUCGCGAGGCGUUUCAUUGGGCAGAAUAUAUAUUAAUAUAUGAAUAUUGUUUAGUAUUCGGCUGUCAUUGAAGUAUUAAUUAUAUUUAUUAUAUUUCUCCUGGCGAGGUCGGAAAUCCAGAAGAUGGAAAUAACAAUUGGAAAAUGUGAUGUAUCUUAGCAUAAUAAAGUAUUUUCUAUGUCAUUUCCUCAUAAGUUAGAUCACGGGAAUAAAUAUCCGUUGUUGGUUCAGGGAUUAAAUAUUAUGUCCAAAAGUUUAAAGGGAAAAAUAAUAAGUGGAUUUUUAAUUUUUAAGAAAAAUUCUAAUGAAAGUAAUUUCAGCCAUUGAGAGCUGUUUUCAGUAUUUGGUGAUUCAAGUCAAAUAAUAUUUAUAAGGUUGAAGUUUCACAAUCGGACUGCGUCCAUAUUCCCCAAAGAUUUCAAAUUUAAGGGUUGAAAUUAAUUAGUUAUAUGUAAUCCUAUCCAAGACUUUUUUAUAUUUCUAAGUUUGUUUGAAAGAGUGAAUAUAAUAAGCAAUAUUAUAUAGAACUAGCACACAAUCAAUGCAACUAAAUAUCAUUCUGUGUUCCGGAGUUGCAGAUGGAGAAGACAUUAUUGUAAAAAAAGGACGUCUUUCCGAGAUGAAAAAAUAAUUCUUAUCAGGAUAAUUCGUAUCAGCAAUUGUCUAUGGAUAUAAGAAUUAAUUCUUAUCAUCCAUAGCGGAAUAAAUUAUCCAUAAUAUUGCUAUUAUAAUGACUGUUUUCAUGCUUGAAUUGAAGCACGAUAAUUUAUCAAUUCUAAACUACUAAUUUAAAAAAUAACAUUGGUGCGUUAUUUUGUUGGAUAUUUUGUUAAUACAAUCUUCGAAUUCUGAAGACUGACUGCUAAUAUUAUUAGAUUGUAAGAGAGAGUUUAUUAAGACUUAAUAUGGUAUGUCGUAUUAAAUUUCGGAUUCAAAUGAUCUACGUAGAUUAUUUAUUUUAAAAGCGGAUGAAAAUAAUCCACAAAAGAUUUUUCUACAAUUUAUACCUGCAAUCAUUUUUUUGAGUUUUCAUAUUCUGUUCGCGGAAAAAUCUCAUAGUUGUGAUUAUCUUUCAUGAAAAUUGGAGAUACAAACACUGCAUAUCUUUAACUGUUCAACCAAAAUCGGAUGAAAACAUGUACUAUGUCGAUAGGAGGAAAAAAGUUUUUGAUUGGCUGAGUUUUUUUGUCAAUAGAUUUAAUAAAUUUAAAUAUAAGUUUUGUCACAUAAUAAAACUGUUUUCUGUAUAAUGUUGAAGGUAAUAAAUACAUGUCUGCUUAUCA